CUUUCCUUUAAGGCUAGGUUCAUGGGUCAAAACCAAUAUGCAAACUGGGAUAGUCAUAUUAUUAUUGAUUUUACCUUGUAUUUUCCCCUUUUAAACUUAUUCAUUGCCAUAUUUUGCAAAAGUACAAUUUCUUAUUUUUUUGAGAUGGAGUCUCACUCUGUUGCCAGGCUGAACUGCAUAGGCAAAAUCUCAGCUCACUGCAACCUCCGCCUCCCGGCUUUAAGUGAUUCUCCUGCCUCAGCCUCCUGAGUAGCUGAGACUACAAGCGCGCACCACCACACCUGGCUAACUUUUGUAUUUUUAGUAGAGACAGGGUUUCACCAUGUCGGCCAGGAUGGUCUCUAUCUCUUGACCUCGUGUUCCACCCGCCUCGGCCUCCCAAAGUGCUGGGAUUACAGGCGUGAGCCACUGCGCCUGACCUAAAAGUACAUUUUUUUCUUUCGCUUUUUGCCCAGACUGGAGUGCAAUGGUGCGAUCUCGGCUCACCGCAACCUCUGCCUCCCGGAUUCAAGCGAUUCUCCUGCCUCAGCCUCCCUAGUAGCUAGGAUUACAGGCAUGCACCACCACCCCGGCUAAUUUUGUAUUUUUAGUAGAGACGGGGUUUCUCCAUGUUGGUCACGCUGUUCUUGAACUCCUGACCUCAGGUGAUCCACCCGCCUCUGCCUCCCAAAGUGCUGGGAUUACAGGGAUGAGCCACCGCGCCCAGCUACAAGUACAAUUUCUUUUUUUUUUUUGAGACGGAGUCUCGCUCUGUCGCCCAGGCUGGAGUGCAGUGGCGCAAUCUCGGCUCACUGCAAGCUCCGCCUCCCGGGUUCACGCCAUUCUCCUGCCUCAGCCUCUCCAAGUAGCUGGGACUACAGGCGCCCGCCACCACGCCCGGCUAAUUUUUUUUGUAGAGACGGGGUUUCACCGUGGUCUCGAUCUCCUGACCUCGUUAUCCGCCCGCCUCGGCCUUCCAAAGUGCUGGGAUUACAAGUGUGAGACACCGCGCCCGGCCUACAAUUUCUAACAGAAUAAUGCUGACACAGCACUUUGAGAUGAUAGACUACAGAAGUAACAAAAAUUGAAGUUAAUAAUGGACUCCAGGUUAGACUUAUCCUGAGAGCCACACCAUUCAAACCGCCUUUGAUGCUCAAAUAUGGUAAAAAAAAGGGUUUUGACAAUGAUUCCCAGCAGCCACUCUCUCCAGUGUGGGACCAGACUAGCUAUCUGGGACAAGUUCAUCCCAGCACGGGGACUAGCAAAACCUAAUUACAGGAUGACUCAUCAGUGAUGCAUUUGGAGAAGGAUCUCAAUCAAAAGGGGAAAAUACCCAAGUUGUCAAAUAAAAGUGGACUCACUUAUGUUUAAAAAAUACCUUGACAAAGACAGCUGGGAAAGGCCAUGAAGGGAGAGUUCUCAUGAAUAAAUAAUAAGAAAAACUAUCACAAGAUUCUGCAAAGACCACAACCUUGCAUUAAGGCAAUCUUACACAAAAAAUGCUUCAGCAAGGACAGCUGCCCAGCAACUGCCUGUCCAACCCUGGAAUGGGAGUACAUUUGUUACUGUUCUUUGUAGCCAAGGUUAAUUAUUUCCAAACCAUUAUCUUCCUCUUCAUUUUUUCUUUAAAAACCAUUACUUUACUGAAUGCGCAAACCGUUUACCAUGGCACGCAUAUUCGCCAAGGCCCUAUUCCCAAAUAAUAUCAUUUUCAGUUAGAGAGCCUGUUAUUAGGUUGACAAUCAUUAUCACUCCCUCUCCCGUCCGUGUCGCUCCCACAGCAAAACAUCAACCCACUGCCCAUUGCGAGGCUGCAUCCAGGCAGACAAGCAUUGCUGAGGAAUAACACACUCGCGGCGACUGGAUUUACUGUAACUGGACCCAAAUCUCAGACCAGCCGGCGGCCUCUCCAAGGAAGCCCGAGGCGAGGAAGACCCUAGACAACGUGCACUCCCAACCAGGUCUGGCAAAGGUCGGCCCUCGCAUUUAAACGUUAAAUGUUGAAGGGCUUUCAUGAAAGAGCGAUGUGCUCCUGCUUGUAUGAGCCGGGGCCGGACGCCGGUAACAGCGGCCCGGGACGGGAGCGAGCCUCAGAAUGCGGGAAUGUCUGUGGGCCUCCAGGACAGCGGAGGAAGCGGGUCUAGUGAAGCGCGACGACUCUGGGGUGGCAGAAGUGAGAACUAUGGGCCCCACGGGGACCUAGGGAACGCACAAAAUCGUCCUGAGACGAGACGCCGCACCGCGGAACGGUCCUCAAUGCUAUCUCGGGUAAGCGCGGCAAUUCCCAUAGUUCCCAAAGGCGGCGGCGACACCUUGUGACGUCCUAGCGUUCGGCACGUCGUGUGCGUCACACUAGGCGCCGGCGCGGGGUGCUGACGUCAGGACGCCGGGGCUUAUCGCCGUGACGCUCAGCCGGGCCUUGUGGAGUGCGAGUCUCUGCUGCGGACGCCGGGGGCUGGCGCGGCGUUGGCCGCCCCCGGCCUCGCCGAGUGCAGCGCGCCCGAAGGCCAGUGCCUGCGCUCCGUCCGCGGCCCGGCGUCCGGGGUGGGCGGGGAGGUCGCCGCGCAGACGCCGCACGCUACGCCGCCGGCGCCGGCGUUUCGCGUCGCCCGCUUCCGGCCGCCGCGGCCGCCAUUUUGCUCGCGCGGAAGCGCCGCGGUGGGGUGGGAACCCAAGCGGGAGAGCCGCGGGCUUUGCGGCCGCCGCCAUGCCGUCGUCCCCGCUGCGGGUGGCGGUGGUGUGCUCGAGCAACCAGAACCGGAGCAUGGAGGCGCACAACAUCCUCAGCAAACGGGGAUUCAGCGUCCGAUCCUUUGGAACAGGGACUCAUGUGAAGCUUCCAGGACCAGCUCCCGACAAGCCCAAUGUUUAUGAUUUCAAAACCACAUAUGACCAGAUGUACAAUGAUCUUCUUAGGAAAGACAAAGAACUCUAUACACAGAAUGGGAUUUUACAUAUGCUGGACAGAAAUAAGAGAAUCAAGCCCCGGCCAGAAAGGUUCCAGAACUGCAAAGACCUGUUUGAUCUGAUCCUCACUUGCGAAGAGAGAGUGUAUGACCAGGUGGUGGAAGAUCUGAAUUCCAGAGAACAGGAGACCUGCCAGCCCGUGCACGUGGUCAAUGUGGACAUCCAGGACAACCACGAGGAGGCCACCCUGGGGGCGUUUCUCAUCUGUGAGCUCUGCCAGUGUAUCCAGCACACGGAAGACAUGGAGAACGAGAUUGACGAGCUGCUGCAGGAGUUCGAGGAGAAGAGUGGCCGCACCUUUCUGCACACCGUCUGCUUCUACUGAGCCCAGCGCCCGCAUGGAGCCGCCUCUGGAGCUUCCUGUUGUUCAUACUUUUUCCUUCCUGACAUUUGUUUUUACUUACAGGUGUUCUGCUGGUGACGGUAGCAUUACCCAAAUAAACUGUGCGUAUGAAAUGGGAGAGGAGAUGCCAAAACGCCAGAUGAAAGCAAUCAAGUUUCUUCUUUUCCACUUUUACUUAUGAGCGGGAUAUUGAUUACAAAGUUUUUCUUCUUUAACCAAAAAGGAAAGACAACGGUUUGUGUGCACUUCCCGACAUAGCUGUGUCUUCGUGUGCCUGCCUUCCCUCCCUCCUCCCCACCGGGCCGGACUGUACAGAGCCCUGCUGCGGCGUGUUAGGAGUGACCUGGAAUUGUCAAUAAACAGAUGCUGCUGUCA